UUGUGGCGGUGCUAGUGAGUGUGGGGGAGAGAGUGUUGGAGAGGGAGAGGGAGGGAGAGAGAGGGAGAGUGUUGGUGGAGGCGGCGGCGGCGACGCUCUCUCGCUUACUCUCGCCGGGCCUGAGGUCUUCUUGGUCGAUACCGGCGGCCGCUGCUCCUGCUCCCUCAACCACACAACCCACCUAUUUUCCUCCACCACGCCGCCCGCACGCCCUCGCCCGCACGCCCACGCCCGCCACGCAGCCCUCCUCUAGCCGCGACGCCCACCACCGCACGGAUCUGGAGUCCGGCAGAAGCUACAGACAGGAGGCGGUGGGGACAGGCCAUGAGGGCAGUGGACGCUUGCCAACCCCUCCUCAGCAGCAGCAGCAGCAGCAGCAGCAGCCGCAGCAGCAGCAGCAGCAGCAGCAGCAGCAGCCGCCGCCGCAGCAGCCGCAGCAGCCCCGCUCGCCGCACCAGCAGCAGCUGCAGCUGGCGGGGAUGAGGGUGUCGCCUGCACCACCGCUGACUGCAGGAGCCAACCCACCACACCCUCCCCACUCACCGCACAUGUCUCCCGCUGUAGAUAUCCGGGGUCGUCUCCUCCAUCCCCAGCAACUCGCUUUUCUCCACCACUACCACAAUCUCCGCCACCACCACCCCAGCACCGCCCCCUCCACCACCACCACAACUACCACCACCACCCCAGGGGGGUCGUCUGCCACACCACCACCAUCUGAUGUUUCUGCCACCUCCUCCUCCUCCAUGAUAACUGCAGGUGGUCCGGGGAGCGUUGUGAUGCCCCCCCAUCCUGGCAGUGGACAGAGUGACGGUCGCAGCAGCAACAUGCAUACGCCUGGAUACCCCCCUGGUGCUCCACCGCACAUGUCUACAGGUCCCCCUCCUGGUCCUCACAGUUACUCAACAAAGAUGGGCCACAUGCCCCCUGGUGGUCCUCCAGGGCCAUCCUAUGGCCAGGCAGGGUAUCAAGGAGGGCACCAAUACCCCCCAGUCAGACCACAGGGUCCAAUGAUGCAGCCAUACCCCCAAAACUUUCCACCUGGAGCUCCACAAGGCUCUCAAGGUCCUCCUUCCUCUAUGCCACCUGGUCAUCAGUACCCUCCACGGCCCCCGCACAAUAACCAUGUUCCUCCCAACCAGCCAUACGGGUAUCCUCCAUUUGGGACGCAAGGUUGGGGAGGACAAGGCAUUAACCAAGGUCCUCCAGGACCAAGUAUGCCUGGGGCCCCUGGUAUUAUGCCUGGGGCCCCUGGUAUGUCAGGUAAAGGUGGUCCUGUCCAGAUGCCAAGCCAGGUUGGUCAGCCAGGGGCCAGUAGUGUGGGUGGUCCCAGGCCCCACACUCCCCCACAUACCUCUCACUAUAUAAAGCAGCACAUUGCAAAAAUGGGGGCAUAUAUGGGACCCCAGAUGUAUCCAAAUGGUCCUGGUAUGCCAGGCAUGCCAGGCAUGCCCAAUAGCAGUCGUGAGAGUCCUCAAAACAACAUGCCACCACCCACGUCCACUCCACAACCACAAACCCCAUCCAGUACCCCCUUGGAUACUGGAGACCACUCUGGGAGCAAUACCACUGUCAACAACAGCAACCCACCAUCUAUUGGACCUGAUGGUAAUCCAGUAGUAGACGAGGCAUCACAACAGUCUACAGUUUCAAACAAUUCUGCUGCAUCAGGAGAAGACCGAUCGGGCACUCCAAAACCUCACAAAGAUGGCCCUAUGGGUGGAUCAGGCAUGCCAGGUGGAAUGCCUGGUGGACAGCAUCCGUCAUCUCAUCCUCCAACUCCUAUCAAUUCUGCCCCAUCACCUGGUGCCGCAUCCAUGAACUCUCAACCAGAUGAUUUUGAGACGGUGAACUCUCCUGGUUGGCCGAGAAGCCCCAACACACAGACGGUGUAUGCUAACAGUCAACCACCCCCACCCCCAGACAUCUACAGACCAUCCAAGCCGGGAGAGAAUCUGGCUCGUCUUUAUGAAAUGUCGGACUCUCCGGAGCGACGAGUCUGGUUGGACAAGCUAUUGACUUUUAUGGAUGAUAAUAAGACUCCCAUCACUGCUUGCCCCACCAUCAGUAAAAAUCCUCUUGAUCUCUACGCCCUUUAUCUCCACGUACGGGAACGUGGAGGAUUUGUGGAGGUAACGAAGAACAAGCAGUGGAAGGAUGUGGCAGCAGUAAUGGGCAUUGGGGCAUCAUCAAGCGGUUCAUAUACCCUCCGCAAGCAUUACAUGAAACAUAUUUUAGCGUACGAGUGUAAAUAUGACCGAGGAGGCAUUGACCCUCAACCGAUAGUCAACCAGAUAGAAGCGGCAGCAAAGAAGAAAACAACGAAGACGAUAUCAGUGCCCUCCCCUGGGUCCUCAAACUCCCAGGACUCCUUUCCACCAGCGGGGUCAAACAGCAGUUCCAUGGAUGGGUUUUCCAAUGGUCCACAUGUACCUGGAGGACCAGGUGUGCCCGGUCCAUACCCACAGUACCCACCCUCUUCUGAGUAUGGGGGCCACAUGCCGCAACGACCGCCAUCACAAUCAACUUCUGGUCCAGUAGGCAACGGGGAAAACGUGAACGUGUCUAACCCAUUUGAUGAUCAGUGUCAGUACUCACGAACUUACCAUAACUCGUAUUCUCGUACUCAGGGUUAUCAGGGAUACCAAGGGGGGCAGUAUCAUGGUUACCAGGGUAUGCAGAGUGGCUAUGGUCAGGGGGGUUACCCGAACUCCGGCUACCCUCCAGAUGGGCGUGCCUAUCCUCCUCCAGGACCACCUAACCACCAGGGCAACUAUCAGGGGAACUACCAACAACCUGGGAGUUACCAGCGGCCGGCUUAUGCCCCGGGCCAGCCUGGCUAUCAACAAGACCAGUAUCCGAUGGGAAGUAGCGGCAGCAACUACGGCAACUCCCAAUUGGCCAAACAACUGCUGAAUCCUUCGCGCGGCACGGCCCCCAUGUUUCAAGGUUACCAGGGUGGAAAUAUGUACCCACCUACGCAGAAACCUGGAACCGCCCCAAGUCCUGGCCCCCCUGGCCCGAAUGCACCCUCAGGCUAUACGGGUCCUCGACGACAUCCAGAUUUUGAAAAGUCACAGCCAGCAGGAUGGCGUCCAAAUAACCAAUAUGGAGGCUACGCGGGGCAGAGCCAGCCAGGUCCCCCACAACAACCGUGGAGUCGACCCAAUGACUCUGCACCUCCUGGACCCCCGUCCGCACAAUGGAGUCAACCUCGGUUUCCAGGUUCACAACCUCAGUACCCAGGAGCGGGGCGAGGAUGGUCUGGUGGCAGCUUUACUCAGAAUGUCGGGCCCAGACCGCAAGGGCCUGGUAAUAACAAGAACUAUUUAGUCCCUUCAUCUGCUUCAUUUAAGUGUGGGAAUAGUAUGUACAGUGCUUAUCCCGGGAAACACCAGUUUCCCAUGGAUAGUGUGGAGGCGGUGCUGCCGGUGCUGGCGCGCAGGAAGCGGAUGGCUCGCUCGGACCUCCAGACUUGUGAUCCCUGGAGGCUUCUUAUGUCCCUCAGGUGUGGCUUAGCAGCAGAAGUAACGUGGGCCCUAGAUGUAUUAAACAUAUUGCUCUUUGAUGAUCAAACAGUUGUUUACUUUGGCCUGCAUCAUAUGCCAGGUUUACUUGAAGCACUAAUUGAGCAUCUAAGACGUGGGCUUAUCAACAUGUUCGAUAUCUGCUCAGAACUUGAGUUAGGUCGGGAUGAUGAAGCCACAGGAGCUAACAAGAGAGUUAAGGCUGAGCAGCAUGACGACUCUGAUAGACCUUGGUAUCUCCGGCCUCCUCCAUCACCUACCCUCGAGUUGGACCUAGGGAAAUUAGAAGAGGAUGACCCGAAUAACAAAGAAGAAGUUUUAAAAGGGUCGGAAGACUUCACUCUCAUUACCAAAACUGGGAAGAUUGUGAAAUUUGUUAAACGAGAUGGAGAACUCUUCAUGCGGGAGGGUAUUCGGGAAUGGGAUAAAUGGGAGGGAUUUAGUUCUGGAGUAGAUACGUGGUCUGUAGGUGGAGGCGAGUGUACAGCCCAUAUAAUCUGCACUAUGCAGAGUUCGGUUCCUCCCUUGCUGUUCACCAGGUUACUACCGGGAAAGGACGGAAAAAUUAUUGAGGUGAAAAUAGAGGAGGUGGUGAAGGAAAUCAAACAGGAAAUAGUGGAAGAAAAGAAAGUGGAGGUGGUGCAAAUAAAAGAGGAACCAGUAAAGGACAAAGUGGUAGACUUACUGGCCGAGAUGCAGGAAAAGAAGGUGGAAAAGAUGGAGGACCUUAUUUCUAGGGAAAAGUGUGAAAACUCCAAAGAUAAUGAGUCAACAGACAAACUUUUCAGUCAAAGGGUGAAUAGAGUAAAUAAUUCAAGGAAGAGCAAAUUAGAUGAAAUAUUUAAGAAGUUAAAGAAGGAACCUAUUGAAGAUAACAGUGACAAUAAGAAAAGUGUAAAGGAGAUUUGUGUGUUGAAAAAGGAAACUGAAGUGCCCCAAGACUUAAGUGUGGUGGUGAAACAGGAACCAAGUAGUGAUAAGUUACCCGAGGUGAAACAGGAGGAAGUAUCUGAAAAUAAGUCGGACACUAAAGAAAAAUUAGAAAGGCGAGAAAGUAGUGGCUCUAGAAGGGAAAGUGGUGGGUUUAAAAGACCGCAUGAAGAUCUUGAAGAGGAGUCAUGGAGUCCAGAUGAAGCAUCACUCAGCACAACAACAGAAGGACAGGACUGGCUAGCUCGCAGGGUCAUGUGCGUUGGUACAGUAAUCCGGAACCUGUCCUUCAUUCCAGGAAAUGAAGAUAUCAUGAGUAAGUCUGCAUCUCUGCUGGCCUUACUGGGGAAGACAAUCUUGUUGCAUCACGAACACCCUCAGCGCACUCCUUCCACAGCACAUUACGAUCGUGAUGAGGAGGCUGACCUGAGUGAUUGGUGCAGCUCCCUUGCUCCUGAUACGCAUUGGUGGUGGCCCUACCUUCAUCAUGUUCAUGAGAAUACAUUGGUCACCUUAGCAAAUAUGGCAGGCAACCUUGACCUGUCUGUCUACCCUGAAGAGAUCUCAAGACCCCUAUUAAAUGGCCUUCUACACUGGGCAACGUGUCCUGCCUCAUAUGGGCAAGAUCCAUUCCCAGGUGGUGGAAGUUCAAUACAAUCUGCGUUAUCGCCUCAACGUCUUGCUCUAGAGGCGCUGGUUAAGCUUUGUGUGCUUGAUCAGAAUACAGACUUGGUUUUGGCAACACCACCAUUUACUCGUUUGGAUAACUUGUGUGGCCAGCUGACUCGCUUUGUGUGUCGUGGUGAAGAUCAGGUGUUGCGAGAGUUUUCUAUAAACCUCUUACACUACUUCUCUGCAGCAGAUUCAGGUGUUGCCAGAGUCAUAGCCAUGCAAAAUGGAUGCGUUUCUCUACUCGUUGCUUUCAUCGAGGAAGCAGAGGCAGCAGCAAUGAAUGUAGCAAAUGUUCAAGGUGUCAGUGCUUUAAAAGAAAACCCAGAACUAAUGGGAACAAGUUUAGAUAUGGUGCGGCGGUCAGCUAACACUUUGGUACACCUCUCGCGAGUACCGGCCAAUGCUCAUGUGUUAUCCACUACUGAGAACAGACUAUUAACUUUGGUCAUGAGCCAGAUAUUGGACACUUAUGUUGCUUCUCAGUUGUCACAGGUGUUAUUUAAUGUAGCCCAAGUGCAAACUGACCUUUCCCAAUAUUCACCUUGCCCCUCCCCACCAUCCUCACCACCAACUACUACAGCACAAGCCCCCGAAUCAACCACAACUCCAGAUGCAUCUGCUGAUGUGAAGUCACCAUCAGAUGUACACAACAUUCAAUCUGCCUCAGUUGCCACAGCCAUCAGCUUGGCAGUUAAUCAUGACUCCUCAUCCAGCGAAUACGACAAACCUAAUGCCUCCCCCAGCCCCGCUUCUGCCAUGGCUACUGCUCCAGCUCUUGCUUCAGCUCCAGCUCCAGCUCCAGCUCCUUUCUCACUUCCUGCCCCAUCUGUAACCCCUUCCCCGGCCCCCACUGCUGCACCCACCCUAGGCAAAGUUCCCACCCCUAACUUAAUCCCUGCACCAAUCACAGCAAAUACCCCUAUAUUUACCCCACAAUUAACCCUGUCAGUUAAGCCAACAAAUUCCCCAACAAUUGCCCCCACCCAAACCACAAACUCUGAGUCAACCUCAAAGUGCGAGUCCUUGGCGGCAACUACUCCAGUCCCCAUGGAAGCACCAGCAGCAAAUCCCUCGUCUUAGUAGCGGGUGGGUAAUCCCAGUGAGCGUGUAGGCCUCUCUCAGCCAUGUGUGGUACAAACUGUGUGGUGGGGGUGACACUAUGCCCCCCCGAGGGUCCCCCCCUGGUCCCAGGGCCCCAUAGUGUCUCAGCUGGGCCCUUGCAAGGACCACCUCAGUGAUAUUGAGUCCUACCAGGCAUUAGGACUCUCAGUGUUGUGUACAGUAAUUAAAGUAAGAUGAUGUGUGUCCUGCUGUAAGCAGUGUCUGUGAAUUAUUCUAAAGUGCGAGUGUAGCCAGCAAACAAGUCUGUGAAAGUCUGUGUAUUUGUACUUUUCAAUGUACAGAAGUCUGUACUCAUCUCAGCUGUAUUUCUUGGAUUUAAAGAAAGUUGUAGAAAGAAAAGUAUUCAGAGAAACA